CGGCCAAAGGCACAAAGCAGCUAUUUUUAUAUUAACCGUUCUAGUCGACACAACACAACCAACACAGCGCGGUGCGUGCAGCUGAGCGUCGUUGAAAAACCAUAGAAUACUAUAAUCGACAGCGCACUGCACUUGGUUGGUGGCCAGACAAAAGGUUAUUGAAAAUUUCAGGUGAAUUCGAGGCGGAAAAUGAAAUAAAUCGGAAAGAAAAUUGUCGCUGGCGACGUUUUCAAGCAGUCAACGCGCAUAAUCGUAGCCACCAUCCAUCAAAGCACACACACACCCGCGCUACACUCACAUACAUAGCGCUUGGAUGUGUCUGUGAGAGAGCAAGAGAGGGUGAGUGGGCGCAGCAAAACAACUGUAAAUUGUGUCUUGCCACAUUCGCCAGAGGCGGAGCUAAAGCAGCAACAAAAUGCGGAUACGGGAAAAACGCAGAAAGGAAAGGGAGCAAAGGAACCAGGCGGCACAGGCACAGACCUCCAGAAAGGAUGACAAGAAGGACAAGGUAAUCGACGUGGAUGCCGUCGUGAGGCCCAAAGGGCCGACGCUCAGUCCGAGGUCAUUCACCCCGACGCCUAUGCUAUCUCCAGCCGAAAAGGUGGCCUUCGACAACCGCAUCAAGCGCAAGAACGUCCUCGCUCUCAACGAGAAGGUGGCCGCCCUGCGGGAGUACGAUCGUCUGCCGGUCUACAAGCACGUGGGCCGGCUGUUUAACUGCAGUCCGGACCAGAUCAAGCGCAUUGUGCAGCAGCGUCAGGAAAUUAUGAACGCUUGGGAGCAGCGGACGCGGCGCACCCAGGAUGCACGCACGAUGGAGACAAAGACGGUGAGGGUUUCGAUGCUGGGCAAGGCUGUGUACGACUGGAUUCGGCGCAUGAUGUACUACAAGGACUUUAUCAUAUCCGACGGCCUCAUUCAGAAGAUGGCGCUGCAGUUCAAGAGCUCCAUGGGGCUGGCACACUUCUUCCCCCACCAGGAGUGGUGCGACAAGUUUCGCAGUACCUACGGCAUCGACAACAAUGAUACAAAGCUUCUGAAGAUCGGCUACACCCAGAGUCACUCGGUCCAGAUCAAGGACAUUGUGAAGGACGUAAGGUCCGAGUGUAUGCCCGAGGACAGCACCAACCAGCAGAACGAAGAGGAGGAGGAGCAGGACGACGGGGAAGUGAGCCUUCCCAGUACGUUCAGCAGUCAUGCUGGCGAGGAGGACGAUGAGGUCGAUGUGGAUGGCGGCGACAUUAGUGAGCGAGAGGAGCAGGAGGAGGAGGAGGAUGUGAAGCCAUCGCUGAGCGAACUGAAUCUGGCGCGUGCCGUCCACCCACUGCCUCAGUUGGUCAGGGUGCCUCUGCCGCUCAACACCAAUACACCGCCCGGAACGUCGCAGAAGGUGCUGCUGGCCACACCCAUUCUCCCACCAGGUGCAAAGCCUCCCGGCGGUGGCGCACAACCAAUGACCAUGACCAUUAUACCGCUGGCUACAUUGGCCCAGAGCAUAACGAAGCGUCCGUCGCCGCAGCAGCCACAGCUGCCAGAGAAGGGUCCAGUAGUGCCUGCACCCAUGCUCGAGAUCAAGCAAGAAAAGGACAUCAAAGCGGAACCCAAAGACCCCGAGGAUGAGGAGACAGAAACAGAUAAAGAGGUAGCAGAGGCUCUGGCACCAUCAAAGGACCAACCUGAUCCGGAGCCGGAACCGGAGUCCGAACCUGUUGUGCGCAUCAAAGAGGAACCGCUUGGAGAAGAUGAACUCGAAGACGAUGCCAACGGAGGGCGAUCCAGUGUAACGUCGCUGGCCGAGGUUCUGGCUGCCAAUGUGGAGAACGAAAUGGAAUACAUUGAGCAAAUGCGCCAGCGCAGGCUGAGCCCGGCACCGGAGGCGAUUCCAACGCUGCCGCCGAUGCCACCAUUGACCAUGGCACCAUCAGUCGCACGCCAAGGCAUCAAGCGUCGUCUACCGCCGGACUACGACGACAACAACAACGGCGGACAAUCCGCCAGCGGGACAAACGUCAUCAGCUGCGCCGAUGCACGAAAGUACCUGAAACUACUUGAGCAAUUCGCUCUCCACAAGCGGAACUAUCGUCUGAUUGGCCUGAUCACCCGAGCCGACGAGCUGAUGCGGGAGGUGGACGACGCCUCAUCGUAGGAUAAUUCAGGAUCAGGGGAACCGUAAUAUGCUUCAGCCAAAGAGCAAGCCAGUCUUAAGAUUAGUUCGUAGCCAGGCAUCUCGAAGAUGCACUCAAUCACUAGCCGUAAGGUAGAUCUAGUUUGUACUCGAACCAAAUACACUAAACCAAAAUCAUUACA